AUCAGUUCUCCAUCCAUCCAGGUGUCUCCGUCUGAACACUGGAUGUUUGGACGACUUUCACGUCACUCUGAACAGUGUGUGGAGUAAUACUGGACCUGCUGGACAGUGUUCAUGUCAUUUUAAACAGCCUGAGUCAUUCAGGACAGUUCAUCUGUAAUUCUGGACGACUUUAACCUCAUUUUAACUAUUUUUAAUUGAUGAAAAACACAUUUGAGUUCUGCUAAAAACUGCAAACUCAGUGAGUUUUACAUCGAUCCAGGAGUCGGCGUCUGAAGACUGAAUCGUUGGACAGACACGGAGUCAUUUAGGACGACUGUCAUGUGAUUUAGAAGAAUUGUUUGAGGCAUUAUGAAUGUUUCUGAGUCAUUUCAACAGUUUCUGAGUAAUUCCAGACAACUGUGACGUCUUUUUCAACAUUUGUGCAACGUUUGAGAGACUUGGGAGCAUUUCUGUCAUUUUAGACGACUUUCAUGUGAUUUGACCGAUUUUAGGAGGAAACACAUCAGAGUUCUGGUAGAACCUGAGCCCAGAUCAGCUCUACAUCCACCCAGGUGUCUCAGUCUGAACACUGGACCUGGUUCUGGUAGCAUCAGUAUUAUGGGAUGUAGUGACGGAGGUAGAACACACAGCAGUGGUCACACUUUCAUGCUCUUAUUGUUUUCCAGCUACAACAAAUGAAAGGUCUCCUCUUUCCAGAACAUUCCCAGUGAAGGUGUAGUCGGGAGGAUUCGCUGCCUGCCACAGAGCCAUGGAGCCUGAUGUGAUCCGCAUGUUCUCGUCCUCGCCGCCGCCGAUGGAGGACGGCGCCGACGAAGAGGACGACGAGUUCGGAGACUUCGGCACCUUCUCCGGCGUCCCGAACAGCGUCAGCUUCACCGAGUUCGACACCCCGACCACGUUCAACCAGACCCAGGCUCUGACCGCCACCUCGCCGCCCGAGCUCAUCAACAGCAGAGGGGUGGUGGGCUUCAGCUCCUCCAACGGCACCGAGCAGCCCAGGGCGAACGGCGUGGUGCCGGCGGGCCACCGGGGCGGCGGCGGCUCCUCGGACAGAACUGAGCUGAAAAAGGGGCUCUCCAUCCCCGCGGAGCCCGCCGACCGCAGCGGGGGGGAGGUGCUCACGAACGGGUUCGCCACCUGUGGCGUUCAGGAAAGCCCGUCCUCACAGAAUUCUGUCCACUCGCAUAUAAAACUGAGGUCCACGGAGGACACGGGCGGUACCGGCAGCCCGGAGGACGACUUCGCGGACUUCGCUGCUUUUUCUGACAACGAAGGACACGUCAGCCGGCCGCCAGGCCCCGUAGAGGGCAGCGGGCCGGACGAGGACUGGGACACACCGCAGGGAACCACUUCAGAGGACUAUGUCAGGGACACGAACAGAACCGGGUCUGAUGCCACCUGUGUCCCCGCUGAGAGCCCGGACGGCUCCUGCAACACGGACCGGGGCGGCUCAGACUCUCCGCUAAGGGACGUGGCCUCUGCACAGGAGGCGGUUGGCACUCGCCAACCUCUGGCUCUGAACGGGCUGGACGGAACCGACAGGGACGGAUCCAAAGAGGGCUGCAGCGACGCCGACCUGUCGCCCGCCGCCGACAGCGAGGCGGCGCAGUCGGACGAGAAGAGCUCCGAGACGGAGACGUCGUUCGGCCGCCCGCUGUCCACCGACGCCCUGGAGGAGUACGGCGACAUGAGCACCACGGGCUCGGUUCCGUCGCCGCCGCUGCAGGGCGAGCCGGCCACGCCCGCCGACCACAGCCAGCUGGCGGAAGACGACGAGGACUUCGGGGACUUCGGCGACGCCGGCUCGUUCGGUGGGCCGGGCUUCGCGGACUUUGAGCCGCUGGAGGUGCAGCAGGACGGGAGCCGGUCGCUGAGCUCCGCCGCCGCCGCCAACAGCGAGCAGGACGACGACUUCGGGGACUUUAACUGCCCCAAAUUUCACAGCGAUGCAAACCAGGCGGAGGACGGAGGCACGUUCGCCGACUUCCCCGUCAGCGACAGUUUUGGCAACUUCAGUUCGGCCGAAGGCGGCGAGGCGGACGGCGGCUGGAGGGCCUUCGGGGAGCAGCAGCAGGCGGACGGACAGUCGUGGGCGGCGUUCGGCUCCGAGCAGAGCGUCGGUCGUCCUGCAGAGGUCAGGGAGGAGCAGCAGGAGGAGCAGCAGCAGGAGGAGGAGGAGGAGGAGGAGGAGUGGCACGAAGGUGAAGCUCCUGCAGCCAGCGAGGAAACCAGCAGGACGGACAGACAGACGGCGUCGCUGUCCGGCCGCCUGGAGAAGCUGUUUCAGAGCAGCUUCCCUCAGACCGCCGCCCGGCCGCUGGACCACCACGUGGUGUCCCUGAAGAUCCUGCUGGAGCCCCCAGAGGACGGAGCUGGAGCCGAGGACCAGAGCAGGUCGCCAUGCAACAGGUCCGGUGGGCGUGGCAGCGUCUGGCUGCAGCUGCAGGACAUCCACGAGGCUCUGGGCCUCCGGUACCAGUGGGGCGGCUCCCACUGCAACAAGGCCCUGCUCUGCUGCCUGGGCAUCGACACCCGCAACAUACUGUUCACAGGACAGAAGAAGCAGCCGGUCAUCGUGCCGAUGUACGCCGCCGGCCUGGGGAUGCUGGAACCAACCAAAGAGCCGGUGAAGCCCGUCUCCGCCGCAGAGAUGAUCGCCUCCAUCGGACAGACGCCUCCAGCGGCUCCAGAGAAAGCCUCCAGUUCCUCCGACUCAGUGCAGCAGGAGGCGCUCCCACCCGUCCAGUUCGACUGGAGCAGCAGUGGCCUUACCAACCCUUUGGACGCCAGCGGAGGCUCGUCCCUCUUAAACCUCGACUUCUUUGGUCCUGUGGAGGAUUCAGGCUCCAGCAGCUCCACCUCCAUCCCAGGUGUGGAUCCUGAGCUCUAUGAACUGACCACCUCCAAACUGGACCCCGGCAGCUCGGGCAGCCGGGUGGCCGACGCCUUCGCCCGCCUGAUGUCCACCAUGGAGAAGACCAGCACUUCCACCAGGAGGCCGCGGAAAGACGAGAAUCUGAGCGAGGAGGCGUCCAAAGUGAUCGCGGCGCUGCCGGAUCUGUCCUUCAUGCAGGCCAAGGUUCUGAUGUUUCCCGCCACGCUGACGCCGCUCGGCUGCCAGGCAACGCCGGACUGAAGCCCCGCCCACGCUGUCCGCCUGGCCCCGCCCAUUUUACCUUUUCUGUCUCGCUGCUCCUCCUUCUCCUUUCGCACAUCAGUUUUAAAAAUCAGCUUUUCAGUUUUUAUGAUUUUUGGACACGAGGCGUCGAGCAGCUCG